AUGCUCACAUUCAACACCUCUGCCCCUCUGCCCACGUUAUUCUGGGUCAACGCCUCUGGAGGCAGUGUUCUGAGUCCUGAUGAUUCUGCAAUGCCUGUCAAAUUCCUAGCCCUGAGGGUCGUGGUUGCUCUGGCCUAUGGGCUUGUAGGGGCCAUCGGCUUGCUGGGAAAUUUGGCUGUGCUGUGGGUACUGGGAAAUUGUGCUCGGCGAGCCCCUGGCCCACCUUCUGACACCUUUGUCUUCAACCUGGCUCUGGCAGAUCUGGGGCUGGCGCUCACUCUCCCCUUCUGGGCAGCUGAGUCGGUACUGGACUUCCACUGGCCAUUCGGAGGUGCACUUUGCAAGAUGGUGUUGACAGCCACUGUCCUCAACGUCUACGCCAGCAUCUUUCUCAUCACGGCACUGAGUGUUGCCCGCUACUGGGUGGUGGCCAUGGCUGCAGGGCCAGGCACCCACCUCUCACUCUUCUGGGCCCGUGUGGCCACCCUGGCAGUGUGGGUGGCAGCUGCGCUGGUGACAGUGCCCACAGCUGUAUUUGGGGCCGAGGGGGAGGUCUGGGGCGUGCGCCUCUGCCUGCUGCGCUUCCCCAGCAGGUACUGGCUGGGGGCCUACCAGCUGCAGAGGGUGGUGCUGGCCUUCAUGGUGCCCUUGGGCAUCAUCACCACCAGCUACCUGCUGCUGCUGGCCUUCCUGCGGCGGCGGCAACGGCGACGGCAGGACAGCAGGGUUGUGGCCCGUUCUGUCCGCAUCCUGGUGGCCUCCUUCUUCCUCUGCUGGUUCCCCAACCAUGUGGUCACUCUCUGGGGUGUGCUGGUGAAGUUUGACCUGGUGCCUUGGGACAGCACUUUCUACAUCAUCCAUACCUACGUCUUCCCCGUCACCACCUGCCUGGCACACAGCAACAGCUGCCUCAACCCUGUGCUGUAUUGUCUCCUAAGGCAGAAGCCCCGGCAGGCUCUGGCAGACACCUUCAGGGAUCUGCGAUCAAAGCUGUGGCCCCAGGGCCGGGGCUGA